AUGACGUCCCAAAGGAGUGAAGGGACAUUUGCCACCACCCCAGGCUCUCAUCUCAGCAACACUACCAAAUCCCACUUGAACAGUGAUUCCCCAUUGUCACAAGAUCUAAGCAGCCUCUCAGCCCAGGAGUUGUUUAUUGAUGUUCCCAGCCGUAAGCCCUCGUACCUGAAACUCAGCUGCUCUGUUAGCGGCUAUGGAAAAUACAGCGUUUACAGCUCUUAUAAGGACAUAGAGAAACGGUCACCAUUCUCUAGCAGCUCUUCCCUAAAGGCAGAGUCGAGAUCCACCUCAUCUGAGAUGCCUGUUGUACAAUCAAACAGUAAUGAAAGGACUUUAAGCAUUGAGUGUUCUUCAAAAGACUCAGAGCCAGAAAAAGACAUGGAUAGCUUCUUGCCUGCCGAUUCCAACGGAGUUGAUAACCCAUUAGAGUCUUCCAUUGUCAAUGGUGCAUCCUCAGAGGCCCCAACUAUUGAUGGGGAUUACUUUUUAAAAUUAACCUACAAAGAAGAGGAAAAACUAAACAAACUGUGUACAGAGACUACAAAGGACUUGGAUGCUCAGCAUUUACCUGAUGAAGUGAGUGGUAAAAUGAGGGCAGCAGUUGGUAAGGCAACACUGCUAACCAAUCAGAAAUUUAAGCAAUUCAGAGAUUUGUGCCAAAAUUACAUGUCACCAACUUCUGCAGAGGAAGAACAUCCGACCAAAUUGGAAGAUCUUCAGGGCUUCUGGGAAAUGGUGCAAAUUCAAAUUGAUGAUGUCUAUGAUAUGUUUGCUGAGAUUGAUCUUAUGCGUCACAAUGGAUGGAAAGAAGUGCAACUCGAAUCAAGGAGAAGCUCCAGCUCUAGUCAAAAGUCAGCCAGUGUCAACAGUACCCCCUCACACACUCCAGGAAAUCACAGCACGAGUAAUUUACAUCGUAAAACUACCCGGGGUGGUUACCUGAUGGUAACGGAGGUACCAGCAGGACUACGAGUUGUAAAAAAAGAGCUUCUUCACAUCAGAGGGCUGAAACGCAAGAUCAUAAAAAGCACACCAGAAUCAUCACCAGAGUGGAGUGAAAAAGCUAGAGUGGCUGCCAAAGCAAGACAGGAAGCAAGGCGGAAGAUGCUCGCAGACAAACGUGCUGCAAUGAGAAAGCAGUCUGAUGCCUCACAAAAUCAAGAAGUAGAAAUUUUUGUCUCGGACAAAUGA